GUCGCCGCCGCGGGUUUGCGGGACCGCUGCCGUCGGCGGUGGAGCAUGCGGGCGGCGUGGCUGUGAGUCCCCGGCCAUGGCUGAGAAAGUUUCGGCUGCUUCGGAGAGGUCGGGGGGCGUCAGCCACGUCGCCUCCUCUUGCUCUGGCUCCUCCUCCGGCUCGGAAACUCUCUCCGAGGAGGGGGACCUCGGCAGUGGCGACGGGGUGGCGGCGGCCACCGGCGGGGCGGCGGCGGCGGCGAGGCGGCUGCGGCAGGCGAGCCCCGGCGGGCGGGCGGAGGACGACGUCUCGCUGGAGGAGCGGGAUGAGGAGCUUGAUCACAUAUUGUCUCCCACACCUAUGCCUUUUCGAAAAACCAGCAGUCCUGAAGUCUUGUUUGGGCCUAGAAAAUCCUCUAAAUUUAAGAGGCAGCUGAGUGAAGAUGGGAGACAGCUCAGACGAGGAAGCCUUGGAGGAGCCCUGACUGGCAAGUAUCUGCUUCCCAAUGCAACUGGACAGCAGCUCUGGCAACCUGCAGAGACCUCUAAUCUUGUUCGCAUGCGCUACCAAGUACUUGGCCAGUCAGCACCUUCACUUACUGCUAGUUUGGAAGGGGCGCCUCAGAAGAGUCAUUUCAGCUCAACACGCCACCGUCAGAGACUAGUGGAACCUACAGCUACCAAAAAGGAGUUGAGCCUUCCAAGAAGAGGAAGUUUCUGUAGAACAAGCAACAGGAAGAAUUUGAUGGGCAAUGGCCAGUCUCCAGCUCUGCCUCGGCCUCAUUCACCGCUCUCAGCUCAUGCAGGAAACAGUCCUCAAGAUAGCCCUCGGAAUUUCUCUCCUAGUGCCUCAGCCCACUUUUCUUUUGCACGAAGGACUGAUGGUCGUCGCUGGUCUUUGGCGUCUCUCCCUUCUUCUGGCUAUGGUACAAAUACGCCCAGCUCAACUGUUUCUUCAUCCUGUUCAUCCCAAGAGAAGCUACACCAGUUACCAUACCAACCAACACCUGAUGAACUACACUUUUUGUCUAAACAUUUCUGUACCACUGAGAGUAUUGCCAGUGACAACAGGUGCAGGACCACUGCAAUGCGCCCUCGAUCCCGAAGUCUCAGCCCUGGACGUUCUCCUGCCUGCUGUGACAACGAAAUAAUUAUGAUGAACCACGUCUACAAAGAAAGGUUCCCAAAGGCCACAGCUCAGAUGGAAGAGAGGCUUCAGGACAUUAUAAAAAAUCACGCUCCAGAGAACGUCCUUCCCCUGGCAGAUGGAGUACUCAGUUUUACCCACCAUCAGAUCACAGAACUGGCUCGAGAUUGUUUGGAUAAAUCUCACCAGGGUCUCAUCACAUCACGAUACUUCCUUGAAUUACAGCAGAAAUUGGACAAAUUGCUGCAGGAGGCUCAAGAACGAUCGGAGAGUAGCGAAAUGGCAUUUAUUAAGCAACUUGUCCGAAAAAUCCUGAUAGUUAUUGCUCGUCCUGCUCGUUUACUGGAAUGCCUGGAAUUUGAUCCAGAAGAGUUUUACUAUCUUUUGGAAGCAGCUGAAGGCCAUGCUAAAGAGGGGCAAGGCAUUAAAACAGAUAUCCCUCGAUAUAUUAUUAGCCAACUGGGCUUAAAUAAAGAUCCUCUGGAAGAAAUAGCUCAGCUAGCUAACUGUGACAGUGGGACAGCAGAAACUCUGGAAGUGGAUGAAUCAGUAAAUAGCUCUAAUACUUCUCUGAAGCUGCAGAGGAAACCACGGGAAAGUGAUUUUGAAACAAUUAAACUGAUUAGUAAUGGAGCCUAUGGUGCGGUUUAUUUUGUGAGGCACAAAGAAACGAGACAAAGAUUUGCCAUGAAGAAAAUUAAUAAGCAAAAUCUCAUCCUCCGAAACCAGAUCCAACAGGCCUUUGUUGAACGUGAUAUCCUGACGUUUGCAGAAAAUCCGUUUGUUGUCAGCAUGUAUUGCUCCUUUGAAACAAGACGUCAUUUAUGCAUGGUCAUGGAAUACGUAGAAGGUGGAGACUGUGCUACUUUGUUGAAGAAUAUGGGUCCAUUACCUGUAGACAUGGCAAGAAUGUAUUUUGCAGAGACUGUUCUGGCCUUGGAAUACCUUCAUAAUUAUGGAAUUGUACACAGGGAUUUGAAGCCAGACAAUUUAUUGGUAACAUCCAUGGGCCAUAUAAAGCUGACAGAUUUUGGCCUGUCAAAGGUGGGCCUAAUGAGUUUGACCACCAAUCUGUAUGAGGGCCACAUUGAAAAGGACGCCAGAGAAUUCCUUGACAAACAAGUCUGUGGUACGCCUGAAUACAUAGCUCCUGAAGUGAUAUUGAGACAGGGCUAUGGAAAACCAGUUGACUGGUGGGCUAUGGGAAUUAUCCUUUAUGAAUUUCUUGUUGGAUGUGUUCCAUUCUUUGGAGAUACACCAGAAGAGCUGUUUGGACAAGUAAUCAGUGAUGAAAUCAAUUGGCCUGAAAAAGAUGAAGCACCACCUCCGGAUGCCCAGGAUCUGAUUACCCUACUGCUGAGACAGAAUCCUUUGGAAAGACUAGGAACAGGUGGUGCUUAUGAAGUAAAGCAACAUCAGUUCUUCAGGAGCCUUGACUGGAACAGUCUGCUGAGGCAGAAAGCAGAAUUUAUUCCACAAUUGGAGUCUGAAGAUGACACAAGCUAUUUUGACACUCGUUCUGAGAAGUACCACCAUAUGGAAACUGAGGAAGAAGAUGAUACCAAUGAUGAAGACUUUAGUUUGGAGAUAAGACAAUUUUCGUCAUGUUCACACAGAUUUUCAAAAGUUUUCAGUAGCAUAGAUCGAGUGACUCAAAUGCAAGGUGAAGAAAAGGAAGAUUCAGGUGACAAACCGAAAAGUGUAACAUUACCUGUGGAAUCUCUAAGCUGGAGUUCAGAAUAUUCUGAAAUACAACAGAUAUCUACAUCCAUCUCCACUGACACUGAGAAUGGCAGACAGCAACACAGUUCUGGUUUGCUUCCGAAGUUGGCCAUAUCAGCUGAAGUAGAGCAGGAUGAUUCUACCAGCUUAGUGGGACCCCGGGAGGAACGGGAAAAACCUGUGUUGGUAAGCGAGGAAGUAGCGCAAGACGAACCUGAAGUAACCACCCCAGCAAGUACGAUCAGCAGCUCCACACUAUCAGUUAGCAGUUUUUCUGAGCACUUAGAUCAGAUGAAUGGAAGAAGUGAGAAUGUGGACAGUACCGAUAACUUCUCAAAGCCCCCCAGUGAAGCUACAUCUCACAUGGCUCGUCAGCGAUUAGAAAGCACAGAGAAGAAGAUCUCUGGAAAAGUCACGAAGUCUCUUUCUGCAAGUGCUUUGUCCCUCAUGAUCCCAGGAGAUGUAUUUGGUGUUUCUCCUUUGGGAAGUCCAAUGUCUCCUCACUCGUUAUCAUCUGAUCCUUCAUCCUCCCGAGAUUCAUCUCCCAGCCGUGAUUCAUCCAUUGCUGCUGCAAGUCCUCAUCAGCCAAUAGUAAUUCACAGUUCUGGAAAAAAAUUUGGCUUCACCAUCCGAGCAAUCAGGGUGUAUGUGGGUGACAGUGAUAUCUACACUGUGCACCAUAUUGUCUGGAAUGUGGAAGAAGGAGGUGCAGCUUACCAAGCGGGUUUGAAAGCUGGAGACUUGAUUACUCAUAUCAACGGAGAGCCAGUGCAUGGUCUUGUUCAUACAGAAGUCAUUGAGUUGUUGUUAAAGGUUCCUCUUCCGUUUUGGCAGAGUGGUAACAAAGUCUCAGUAACGACAACCCCUUUUGAAAACACUUCCAUCAAGACAGGACCUGCCAGGCAAAACAGCUACAGGAGCCGAAUGGUCAGGCGCAGUAAAAAAACAAAGAAGAAAGAGAGUUUGGAGAGGAGAAGAUGUCUAUUUAAAAAGCUGGCCAAGCAACCUUCUCCUCUUCUUCACACAAGCAGAAGUUUCUCCUGCCUGAACCGUUCACUUUCAUCAGGGGAGAGCUUGCCUGGUUCUCCAACCCACAGCUUGUCUCCUAGAUCACCUACCCCAAGCUACCGCUCCACUCCUGAUUUUCCAUCUGGUACUAACUCUUCCCAGAGUAGCUCCCCUAGUUCAAGUGCUCCCAAUUCUCCUGCUGGUUCAGGACACAUAAGACCCAGCACUCUUCAUGGAUUGGGUCCAAAGCUUGGUGGACAAAGAUACAGAUCAGGAAGACGCAAAUCAGCUGGCAGCAUUCCUCUGUCUCCUCUGGCACGUACACCCUCUCCAACACCCCAGCCGACGUCCCCUCAGCGAUCUCCAUCACCAUUGCUAGGACAUUCAAUUGGAAGUACAAAAUUAUCUCAAUCUUUUCCUAGCAAAAUGCACUCCCCUCCAACUAUUGUAAGGCAUAUUGUUAGGCCAAAGAGUGCAGAGCCACCGAGAUCUCCACUGUUAAAGAGAGUCCAAUCUGAAGAGAAGCUUGCACCCUCCUAUGGCAGUGAUAAGAAACACUUAUGUUCACGAAAACACAGCCUGGAAGUGACACAGGAAGAAGUGAAUAGAGAAUUGUCCCAAAGGGAAGUAACUCUUCAGAGCCUGGAGGAGAAUGUAUGUGAUGUGCCGUCGCUCACACGAGUCAGGCCUGCAGAGCAGGGCUGCUUGAAACGACCCAUCUCAAGAAAGUUAGGUAGGCAAGAAUCCAUUGAUGAACUAGACAGAGAGAAGCUGAAGGUCAAGAUUGUCAUGAAAAAGCAGGAUUUUGCUGAAAAAGCAAAUGGGACUCUGCAUGAACCUAGCAGUGAACCAGAAAAUCCCAAUGCCUUAAGACUGGAAGAAAGAGACAAAAAAGCAUUCCAGAAGGUAUUAGAAAGAUCAAAUCAGUUUGAAACAAAAAUUGUUGCUUUGGAAACCCAGUCAGCUGGUGGCAUACUCAAAGACACCCUUCAAAAGAAUGCAAACUUGAGAUCAAAUGAUGGUGUUGCUUUAGAUGCACAGAUGAUGUGUCAGGGGCCUCCGCCUAAUGAACUCAGUCCUAUUUCUUGUGACUUCAAAAGAAUUUCACCUCCAUGUACACCGCAAGAUGUGCUACCUCAAUCCUCUGACAGGAUGUUAAAUGGAAAGGGAGAAAACACAGAUAAAAAUGUACCAACAAAAGAAUUUGUCAAAUUUGAAAGAUUAGAUGGUAAACUUGCAAACAUUGAUUAUCUCAGAAAGAAAAUGUGCAUUGAAGAAAAAGAUGACAGUGUCUGUCCAGUGCUAAAACCCAAACUGCCAUCAAAUGUUCUUGAAAGUCUUCAGCUGAACACAGGCAGAUCCAUAAGCAUACAGCAGGACUCCGUGGCAGGUGCUGACGGGAGAGCGUUUAUUGGCAAUGCACAUUCUGCUCAGAUUAACUCAGCUUCUUUUGUUCCCCUCAAGGCCUUGAAUGGCCGAGCAGACAUAAGUGUGGAAAAAUCAGGCCUUAUUUCCCCUGACACUCCUGUCAGAAAGAGUCCAUCAGAAUAUAAACUUGAUGGGCGGUCUGUUUCCUGUUUGAAGCCUAUAGAAGGCACACUAGACAUUGCCUUACUUUCUGGACCACAGGUUUCGAAGGCUGAACUGCCUGUGUGUGUGCUGCUGGAAGGACAGGGCACCAUCAGUGACAGCAGAUCUCCUAAGCCUAUAGCACCACAAGUGAGUGGUGGGAAGGCAGAACUACCCUGUCAGAAAGAGCCGUUGCUAAGCUGUUCAAAACCUGGCAAAGUCAACGUGUCAGAGCCUCAGGUUCUUCAAACAAGCAAGAGUUCUUCAAACCCUCCGGCCAUCUCUGUGGCUGCAGAAGCAAUGACAGAUAAAAAGGUUUCUAGUCUAGCUAUUAAAGGCAGUGUUUCUGUAAUCGAAGCUAUUCAAAAGAAAGACACUUUGCCUUCAAGACAGAAGGAUAAUUCAGUGGAGGCCAAGUCAUGUGUUAUUAACAGUCAGAGCAUUAAGACUACUCUAACAGACUCCAGUCUUUCUGCUGUCCAAAGCACUUCUGAAAAGGCUAUCAGGAAAGAGAAACAGAUACAAAAGGAGUUGCCUGCCAAACAGCCAGUAGCCCAGAGAAGUUGUGAGCCCAUCACUGCAAAGGUGGAGGUGAUCAGGGAGUCAUCUCUGAAGGUAUCCAUCUCGGAUGUCCUAAUAACGACCUACUCCAAAAGCAGUGAAAAAAAUUGCACUGAUUUUGCUAUUCCACCUCAGAUGCAAGGCACAAUGCAGGCAGCUGUCCCCAAGGCACAACCUAAGGACGUUGGAGAGUCACUGAAACUGGUAGGCAAAGAUGACAGUAGUGUUGCUAGUAGUUUUGUGGAACAGGACAUAACCAAGCAGAAAGUUCUCAGUGACUCUAAGAAAGUAAUCGUAGAGUCAAAGAGCGAAGCUCUUCCAUCAAAACGGCCCACACAACCCUCAAUAGAUUGUGAUCCUAAAAAUGGGAAGUCUGCACCAGUUUCAUCUGUGCAGAAAGGCAGUGUAAAAGAUUUUGUAAAGAAAGACCAGAAGCAGCUCAGUUAUGUAAGGCUUCAGACUGCUGAGAGAGAACAAUCCAUCCAAGUUCCUUGGCAGCAACUUAGCACUUCAGGCUCCCCUGCUGUGAGAGAAACGGGUAGCAGAAGCUGUGCUGUAGAUGUUCAUGGAGGUGUUCAAGAGCACGUGAAGCCUGCUGCCACCUGUGUGGAAAACAGCAGUAAUAAACACAGGCCAGCCUCUGAUACAAGUUCCUCUAAGUCUAAGCACUUGGAUAAACAGACACUGUCACAAAAACCAUGCACUCCGACCACAAAAGAAAAUGAAACUAUUGUUCAGGUGUCUGCCAGCUCCCGGAAAGAUGGGAAACAUGCUAGCAAAAAUGUACUAGAUCUGCUUUCUUCUGUUUCAGGCCCUUUGAGAAAAACAAACAAUGAACAUGUGCCAGCUGAAAAGCUUGUGAGUUUGGGGCAUGGCUCAGUAGCCACCCUCCAAAUGAGCAUCACUCCUGACACCAAACCCAAAUCUUCUGCUGUCAGCCUGGUACCAGCAGGCCCAGAGAGUUCUAAGCAGGUGCAGAGGCAAGAGCCAGCAUGCUUGGGGGAACCCGCUAAUCAAAAGCAGCUUCACCUCGGUGAAAAACAAACCAUAUCUCCUAAGUUUUCCACUGUGAAAGACUGUCUCCUGCUGAGCAAACAGGCAGACAGAAGUCCUGGUAACGAGACAAUCUUUGCAGACAGAAGACCCGAGGGAAAAAUAUGCACUGACGCACUUUAUGUUCAGCUUGACAGUGAGAAAGUAGAGCCUACCAUUUGCCUUGCUGCAAACUGUGAUGCCAGGGGGAAGGGAGCAGAAAAAGUGAGUGCAAGUAGCAAAGGCUCUCAAGAUUCAAAAGCGAAGGGACAAGUUAAUCAAAAACAGCCAGAGGAGGCAAACAAACAGAUUAUUGCAAUAAAGCAUUUGUCGGCUGCCAGCGGACAGAGUUCAUGUCGUGCAGCUGCAGCACCAGGAAAGCCACUGACCUACUCAGCCAGUUUCUCUGAAUGUAGACAAGAAGCAUCUGUUUUGUCCUCAGUGAAGAGUGAUGCAGCUUCAGCAAAGGUUAAAGCAGGCUCAUCUGAGCUUCCUGCAACCUGCAAGGAACUAAAUAAGAAAAACACCUCUUCUGCAGGAAGCAGUAAGCCAGAAAUGACCAAAAGUGUUUCCCUGAUGACUUUGCACAGUGCUGCAGUUGUAGUAGAAGCCCACCACCCUGCUUCAAACACUGGGGGGAAACCUGGAAAUCAAGAAAAGUCUUUCUUUGCUAACACUGUGGAUGUAAAGGGAAAAGAUGCCCUUCAGGCUCAGCAGCCUGCUUCAAGAAAACAGAACGCAGGUAAAGAUUUAUCCAGAUUGGCAACCACACCUGACCGCCCUAACGCACUUUCUGAUGACAAAGACUCAGCUCAUCAGCAGCGUGGAAAGGAAGCUCCACAGAGCUACCCUCCCAAGAAAUCCUGUUAACUCUGAGACUUGUCAGGUGUCAAUUCAAGACUAGCUCAAGUAUAUUAGACUGCCUUUAAACCAGCACUGUCGUGUCUUUGUGCGGCAAACCUUUCAUGUCACUGAAGAGAGAGAAUAAGGGGAUAUAUUAAGAAAGGACUUUUUGUUUUUUCAAAAUGCCUUCCCAAUUGUAACCGGUAAAACUGUUACCAUAUAGUAUUUGUACAAAAAUACCUUUACAGCUGAGAGCUGGUGAAGAAAAAGUUUCCUCUGUAAAUACUUAGCAACGUGUUUGGGGUUUGAAUGUAGCAUAUAUACUUUGCUGCUGAUUGCGUUGUUUACUCUUCCCUUUUUUAAGAUAGUCGCUUUGCCACUUAUUUGCCAUACUCCAAUACAAAACCAAGUUAUUAAAGUUCAGACCUGGCAUAGACGUGCACAAGCAUUGGUCUGACUGGAAAACAAAAGCAGGCCACAUUUUUACUUACUAAAAAUCCCAGCUAGAGGUUCAAAAAAAUACUAGUACAGCAUAAAUAGUGACUCAUGAGUUUUUACAUGUAUUUUUAAUAAUCCAGUUUUGAUAGUACUGUACUAGGCUGACUGCUUCACCAGAUCUAACAGGACUUAAGUGCAUCUCCCUGCCACACAAAGCUUGUCUCUUGGAGUCAGUGUUGUUAGGAAGAUUGCUACAGGAAGAUUGCUUGGUUGUCAGGGUGUCCCAGCAAGAGUCAUGUUCUCUGGUGAAAUGGUGUUUCUCAUCUUGUCUACUGGAAGCGGAUUCUGUGUCUUUCACCUCAGACAAGCCAGAGACUCUGAGGCGUGCACACUGUGUGCUUAGUUUUUGCUGCAAUCCUCUCAUGAGUUUCUUGAGCUUUUUUAAAUUCAGGCCCUUACAGUGUGAGGCACAAGUAUAAGCACAUGACUUGCAGUACUAGUACUUUCAUCCCUGUUUUUCAGUCCAUUUCUGUAGUAGGUAUUACUGUGGCAUAUAGAUCUGCAUAGUUAGCUUCAUACAGCCGUAGCUGUUGGGAUUUUUUUCUAUUUUAUGACAAGGUAAAAAGGAAAAAAAAAAAAGCAGUUUCGGUAUCCUGUCUUCAAAAACAGUUCAGGACAUCUUGAUACAUUUUAAUACAUAGCUGGGGCCUUAUGUUGUAGACUUGCUGUUUUUAGCAAGUAGUUCCAGGUUUCACAUUCGUUUCUAAAUGCAUCGAGUAGCUCCAUACAUUUCAUAACAUAAUCUUUUUUUUUUUUGUAUGCAAAAAAAAUUAAAUACUGUAGUUAUAAAAGAAGCAUUUUGUAACAAAGGAACCUGUUGGAGCUAUUUGGUGCUAGAAUGUGACUGUCUUUUUGCUUUUGCUAAGCCUUAUUUUAUAUACUGUGGUACAUCUAGACUUCAGUCAUUUUGGUGUGGAGGUAUUUAGAUUGGUUUGAAGGAUGAAAGGAAAAAUUUGAAAAGUAUACAGAAGCACUACAAAAUACCUUUGCAGGUGUGUGUGUUUCAACAAUGGGGAUCAACAGAAUGGUGGCUUUGCUUUUUUCUGUUAUAUGUACCUACAUUAGAGCUAGGCCCCUACUUGUUUCAUCAGGGCUUACAGAUUGUCUUUCCGUGUCAAAAGCUAGAAAAUUGUUCAUAAAUGCAUAGGGUAAUCUCCACUUGGAGGUUUGUAUGACAGCUGACAGUGUGCAGAAUUCACUUCCCUCUGCUGAAAACUUCUUUGUACUUAUUAGUUGAGUUGGAUUACAGCGAACCUGUCAUGGAAAGAUAAUAUCACAAACAAGUCCUGAUUUUUUUUGUGUGGCACUAGAACAUUCAUACUGCCUUCAGUGCAUUCACAGAGGAGCCAGUGAGCAACAGAUAAUAGUUUUUUUCAGCAGUUUUAAAGGUAAAAUGGUCUUGACAUUUAGAAUUCAUCUGUGCUUUGGCAGUUAUUACCAAUCAACGCUGAUGCACUUCAAAAUAACAUUUCUGUCGGGGAGGUAUUUCCUAGUUUACAGUCUCUUCUGCAUUUUUUCAACUGUCAUUUCCUUUGAAGCACAUCUAGCUAUUUGUUUACGGUAUACCUUUAUGUAUAUUUUGGAUAUCUCAUUAUCACUUCUGACAAGUAAGUUCUUUGCAUUUUGGAAGUGUAACAGUGCUUAAGCUUGUGUUUAUGUAGAAUAUGUUUGUUGGUGUUUACCUUAUCGGUGAGCUGUUAAGAGAUCCUCCUGGCUGUGUUCGACUUGGUCAGUCUUCACGUGAUUGUAGAUCUGAUGUGUUAUUUUGUAGACUUCCUGCUAUAGAUUCCUCGGCUUACCAACAAAAAAAAAAAAAAAAAGAGAAAAAAAAAUUGUUAGGGUCUGUGCAAUAAAGUGUUUGCAGUCUUAUUUUCUCUAAGGAACUCCUU